GCAAGCUCACAGAAACAUUCCUGUCUUUGCAGAUGAACCUCCACACUUGGGAGGACAUGGCAAAUGGGACAGGUGUGGAAGAAUUCAUCCUUCUUGGCUUCCCAGGCACGUGGCAUUCUCGGGUCUCCCUUGUGGUGGUAUUUGCACUGACAUACUCCCUGACAGUAAUAGGCAAUGCAUGCAUCAUAGCUCUGGUGUGGAUGAACAGCAACCUACAGACCCCAAUGUACUUCUUCCUCUGUAAUCUCUCCUUUCUAGAGAUCUGGUACACUACGGGCAUUGUUCCCAAAGCCAUAGGAGUCGUGCUGGGGACUAGCCAGACCAUCUCCUUCAGAGUCUGCAUCCUCCAGUUGUUUUUUCUUCUCUCCCUAGGCUCCACUGAGUGUUUUCUCCUGUCUGUCAUGGCCUAUGACCGCUACUUAGCCAUAUGCUACCCCUUGAGAUACAGCUCCCUCAUGAACAGUGUCCUCUCUGCUCGGCUAGUACUCAGCUCCUGGCUGGGAGGCUUUCUGGCUGUCUCGUUGCUGGCCUUUCUGACAUCCAGGCUGACGUUCUGUGGGCCAGAUGUCAUCAAUCAUUUCCUCUGCGAUAUAGAUUCCUGCCUUGCCCUCUCCUGCAGUGACACAUGGCCCGUGGAGCUGGCAACCUUCCUUGUCUCCAUAAUUGUUGUGGUGGCCUCCUGUGUGGUCACCCUGGUCUCCUACAUAUACAUCAUCUCUUCCAUCCUGAGGAUCCAGUCAGCCCAUGGCCGAAAAAAGGCCUUUUCCACUUGCUCUGCCCAUCUCAGUGUUGUCACAAUCUGGUAUGGUUCUACCAUGUUCCUGUAUGUCAAACCGUCAGCCCAGAACUCCCUGGAUCUGAACAAACUCGUGAAUACCUUUAACACUGUUGUAACUCCGUUGUUGAACCCCUUCAUUUACACACUCAGGAACAAAGAAGUGAGGCAAGCUCUGGGGUGGGCUUUCCAGAAAAAGUGAAGUGCACCUGGGCAUCACAGGUAGUGAGAAGCCACCAAUUCCCCAGUGAGCUGAUCUCACUCACCUUACAGCCAUCUUAGGAUGGGCUGAGCCUCACUUCUUAUGCCCCCACCUCCCUCUGUUCAUUCCUGAGUUAAUUCAAAAUGCCUCUGUACUGUUUUUUUCUGGGAUAGAGUUAAUUUUUGUCAUAGCAGCUAGUAUAGAGCUAUGUUUGGAUUUGUGCUGAAAACAGUGUUGAUAAUACAGAGAUGUUUUUGUUACUGCUAAGCAGUGCUUACAUGGUCAAGGCCUUUUCUGCCUCUCACAGUGCCCCACCAGGGAGUAGGCUGGGCGUGCACAAGAAGUUGGGAGGGGACACAGUUGGUACAGCUGACCCCAACUGACCAAAGGGAUAUUCCGUACCAUAUGAUGUCAUUAUCAGCAUAUAAAGCUGG